CCCACAGGGUGAUAACAGAGGAUAUGUCAAUUUUGAGAUUGGCGAGUAUUUGAAAACGAUUACUAUUACUUUCAAUGACUCGCAAUACGAAGCUACAGCAGUGUCAUUGAAUUUAACACUUACUUCCAGUACGUCAAGUAGUCUUAGUAAUACGGAGUGUGAAGUCCAGUUUGAUGACAAUGGUGACGCUGGGAAUUUGAGUUUUGAAAGUUCUCAGAUGACUGUAUACGAAUAUAUGGGGUCGACGGGAGUAGUUAUUGUACGCAAUGGUGGAGUCAGUGGACAAGUGUCGGUGACACUAAUAUCAACCAUCAGCUCUAGUAUUCGUGGAAACCGGCUACAAAAAGCUGUUACUUUCGCGGAUGGCGUUGACAAUGCGAUCGUGCUCGUUAAUAUCCGUAGCAGUAGCGCAUACGGAACAAGAAGAUUCGUCUUAACGCUUACGAAUCCUACUAAUGGCGCUAGCGUGGAUAGUAGAAAUCUGACUGUGACUGUACUGGAUCAGGGAAAUUUAAGUCCUCCCGGACGACCUCUACUCGCGCAAGUGUCGUCCACAGGAGGGUGCAUUGGAUUAGAGCUCGGACUUCCUACAUAUCUGGGUGGAUGGUACAUCGGUACGUCCAUAAUGUGGCAUAUUCGCGUGGGUACUGGAUUCAGCUACACAUUCGAGAAAAGCGAUUAUGUCGUAUCAUCGAUCAGUAGGAUUGAUGCGUGUGGUCUUGAUCUCAACACAAGUUAUACAAUUAGCGCUGCUCUGCGUACCGAUAGCGGGACUAGCGAAUCGAGGAUCAUUGACGGUUUUACUCAAGCACUUUCCACUCCAACUCAAGUUCUAGAACUACUCGCGAGCCCCGUUACCAGUGGAUAUGCACAAUUAUCUUGGAAAGCUCCGUUUGAUACAGGCGGUAUGCCGAUCACUACCUACGAGAUUACGGUUUUGAACAGGGCGACAAACGAACAACGGAUUAUUCAAGUGCCUGGGUCAAAUCUCACUGUGGCGAUAAGUUUCUUAUUAGCGUCUACAGGAUACAUGUUUACUGUUCAAGCCGUGAAUGAAGGUGGAUUGGUUGGACCGGAUACGCGUACCAGCGUGUGGACUGAUAGUGGCUCGUUACCGAAGCAACCUCCUGUCCCCGAAUUGAUUUCUGCUACUGGAGGAGCUUUACGUGUCCGUGUACUUGCUCCUGUCGAUUGUGGUGGUUCCUUUCUGAUGCAUUACGCGGUUAACGUUGCCCGGCAUACUGGAGGAAUUUUAGCGUAUCGUCAAUAUGAGUUGGGUACAGUUCAAAGCCCCUCGUACGACAGUAACGUCGCGAAUAUCUCUAUCUAUGGCCUGCUAUCGAAUUCAGAAUAUUUUAUUACGGUGUCCGUGGAGAAUACUCAGGGUUGGAGCUGGAUAAGUGAAGAGAAAAUUUACAAGACUACUGGCCCGACACCAGUUAGUGGAAUACCAGCACCAAUAGUAGCUCUAGAGGACCCAGGGGAGCUGACAUUACAGUGGAAUUCUCCUUUAGAUUCUGGCGGACUCGGUAUUGUGGGGUACAGUAUACAGUCACGCCACAAAUAUCCAAAUGGAUCCUGGUCGGUUCCAGAAAUUGUUUACGAUGUACGGACAUCGUUAGUUCGAACGGCGUUGAUCAUGAAUAUUGUGGCAAAUACCGAGUAUGUGUUUAGCGUCUCUGGUUACAAUUUUCGAACAUUGUGUCGCCCCGAUGAAAACAUCACACCAAGCGACGAACUUCAUAUCACGACCCAGAGCGCCUCUGUUCCUUCACAGCCGAAAAACUUUCGAAUGGUUCACGUUACGGGCGGAUCGAUUACAUUAGUUUGGGAUCCUCCUCGGUCAUCAGGAGGCGAAGCUUUAUUGUGGUAUCUCAUCAAAGGUGGCGUUAAAUACAGCCAACUUGAAGCCAUGGCAAAUGUCAGCGCUACUAUGAAUUCUCUCACGCUCUAUGGCUUUGAUGCGUCAACCUUCUAUGAGUUUGCGAUUGCUGGAGAAAACUCUCGAGGUUGUGGGUUAUACUCUCCGUCUCUGUAUGUUAGUACGGGUUCUGUAAGUGCUCCAGGCCCUCCAAAGUCCUUGCAUCAAAUACCAGUUGCUUCCGGUGGGAUAAUCAGACUAGCGUGGGAAGCCCCAAAGGACUCAGGAGGGGUCAAAAUACAGCAGUACAACAUACUUCGCGACGAUAACGUGGUUAGUGUGGUGAUAGCUGUCAAUGGGACGACAACAUUUCAAGAUCAAAACAACAUCCUUGCUAACAAGGACUAUAAUUAUUCGGUGUUUGCUUCAAACGAUGUUGCAACUAGCACAAAUCCAGCAACGAUCACAGCUCACAGUGGAGUCGCGUCUGUACCUGGAGCCCCAUCGGCUACUAUCGAAGCUGGCAGUGGAUUUAUAAGGCUGGAGCUGAUACCUUCCCCGGAUUCAGGUGGUAUUCCGUUUCUUCUCUUUGAUUUAACGGUAAUGCGGGGAUCAGUACCUGUGGAUUCCUACAACACUACGCGCUCCGUGUUCACUGUUACGGGGCUCUAUGCGGAUGUACUCUAUGCCGUUCUUAUCCAGACUGUGAACGCGAGAGGGAAAAGUAAGACGACUACAUUAACUACCAGCACAACUGCUGCUACAAUUCCAGAUAAAAUGUCACUACCGAGAUUGGUAAAUGUGACUGGAGGCCGUUUACAAUUUGAAGUUUUGCCACCGCCGAAUUUUGGUGGAAGAGGCGUUGUGGAGUACAGGUUUUACGUGAAUGAAACGCUGAAUGAAGCGAUAAGGAACUCGGAAACUGCGUACGACGUAGUGGGUUUAACGGCACUUACAUUUUACGCAGUUGCUGUAUCAGCAACGAAUGUUGUUGGAGAAGGUGAGCAGAGCGAUUCACUAAUUGUUACGACAGACACGGUUACCGCACCUGGACAAGUUUGGAGUUUAAAACUGAUCUCGAAGACGUAUGAAGCAAUUGAAGUGGAGUGGAUGAUGCCCUACGACACAGGCGGAAAUGUCACUGCUGUCCAGUUUGAUGUUGAGAUUAACUCCAGUACAAGUGAUAGAAAUCUGGUCAUCAGCACAACGAACAGGGUGGCACUAUCGGGACUUGAGCCUGCGACACUGUACACUAUUCAAGUUCGUGCGUUUAAUUUAAUUGGAGAGGGACCAUGGUGUACCAGUAUUUCUGUGACGACUGAUCCAGUAUCACCUGGAGUAAUUGAUUUUGAAAAAGACGCAGUUGACGUUCUCGAAGAUGCUGGGUCAAUCACUCUUACGCUAAUUCGUUCUAUGGGUGGCUAUAUGCCCGCAACAUGUACGUUUACUACAGUAGAUGGAACGGCAAUUGCCGGUGAUCAUUACGUUCAGACCAGCGGCCAAGUCAAUUUUAGUCGAGGUACGAAUUCUCAGCAGAUAACUAUUCCUAUUAUCGAUAAUGGCAUGACCAACGACCCAGACCAAUACUUUUCUGUAUCAAUCGAGGAGUAUGACAAUGAAUCUGGUGCUAUUGGAGAGAUCUCGUGGGUGAAUGUUACCAUAACUGACGACGGAGACGCUGGUGUUGUAGCGUUUGAGCAAGCUCUUUAUACUGUUUCUGAAUCCGUGUCGACGCUUACUGUAACUAUUGUGAGAUCAGGGAAAUUCAGCGGUAGCGGAACCUUCGCGAUAAAACCAGUUGACGCAGAUAAUGGUGCCAUUGAAGGCGUUGACUUCAAAAUCCCAAGCGAAUUGGUUAUUCUUUCCGACCAAGAGACUCAAUCAUCGUUCAAUAUUACAAUUAUUAACGAUUCAACCUAUCAGGAAAGGAAAUUAUUCCGACUAAAGCUUGACGUGGUAAGUGGACGGGUUGCUAUUGCUGAUCCUGCUGCUUUUCUUACGAUUGAGAUUUUAGAUGAUGGAGAUGCGUCACCACCGGGUCUACCCACUAGUGUUCAAGUAAUUGCUGUUUCUGGUGGAAUGAUUAACUUGUUGUGGGUAGCUCCAGAGUAUCUAGGAGCUAAAAAUCCUGGAGAAUUGUCGUAUUCUGUUCGUGUGGUGGAAGUGCAAAGUGGAUCGACAUGGGAGCAGUCCAUAAAAGCUUUGAAUUUGUUGAUUCCUCAGCUGAAAUCUCGAGCUGCGUACGGAUUCUCGGUUGCGGCAAAAACUGCUUUCUUUCUGGGCGAAUACACAUCCUCCGUGCCUACCCUAAUGAAAGAACCUACGCCUCCGUCGAGUCCCAUGGGCGUUCGGGUAUUAUCACAAACAGGAGGGAUGGUUACAUUGUCGUGGUCUCCUCCAUUUGACUCGGGAGGCGUUGAUAUUACCAGCUAUCGGGUGAAUAUUAGCACCAGCGCUGAUAACAAAACUUUAGGAAACUACAUCACGGUCAGAAACACCAUAUCGAUUGGUAAGCUCGAUCCAGUUACAAACUACUGUGCUACGGUUGAAUCCAUUAACAGCUAUCAAUAUGUUGGAGAAGCGAGUACGACUGUUUCAUUUACUACGACCAGUGCUUCUAUGCCCGGAAAGCCUACAUCUUUAGUGAUUACAAAGGCAACUGGAGGUGCGUUGCUUGUGGAGAUGGCUCCCCCACUGGAUACUGGAGGCGCUCCUAUUUUGUAUUUCACGUUAUUCAUGACAUCCGCGCAGUAUCCGACUGUCUUCCGUCAAGUAUACCAAGGUGCUACAUCAUCAUUUUACGCAACACGACUAUUGUAUUCUACAACAUACAAGUUUCAGUACAAGGUGACCACCAAAGUGGGCAUGAGUGAAUUGAGUGAUAUAUUUGUUGCGGCGACAAAGUUCUUGACACUUCCAGAUGAAGCGCAAAACCUUGCAAUAGUGUCUCGAACAGGAGGAUCCGUCACACUGUCCUGGACGCAGCCUGUGGAUUUUGGUGGAACUGACAUUACAGCGUACGAUGUGGCUUUUUUCUUGGGAUAUGAAGUCAAGUCUCAAUUCCAACAAAGAAUAUCAGGAGUCAGUGUGAAUGCAACGCUAGUUACUGCAAAAGUUGUGGGGCUACAGGCUAAUUCCACGUAUGGAUUUUCCGUCUCGGGGGUCAACGAUGUAAGCGUUUGUGAAGAUCCAUCCGCUAUACGCAGUCGUACAAUCCUGUAUAGCCGUACAAAUCCAGCAGUCUCUUUACCAGACACGCCUCGCGGUUUAUCAGUGGUCUUCGUAACGUCUGGGACUCAAACGAUACAAUGGAUAGCAAGUGAAGACGCUGGAGGUGGCUCAUUUGUCGCGUAUAUCCUGUAUUCGGACACUGAUACUGUCCUGUAUAACGGUACAAGCACAACGUUUACACGUGGGUCACUGGUAAAGAGCACAGUUUACGGUUAUACAGUGUGUGCGUGGAAUUCUGCUGGGUCUGGUGUACAGAGCUCGCGUAUAUUUGCACGUACGAAAACCGAUAUUGUUGCUCCCAGUCAACCGCUUAACCUAGCUCAAACUAGUCAUAGUGGUGGCUCAAUCGGGUUAACGUGGCAAACCCCUUUGGACAGCGGCGGAGACACAAUUUCAGGAUACAAAUUGUUUCGUAACGGUACUUGGAGAGCAGAUAUUGUAGCUGAUAGUGCAACCAUGACGUAUCUAGAUGAUCAGGGGCUAGCGGCUCUACAAUACUACGUGUAUACCAUACGUGCGACGAAUUCGAUUGGCCUUGGUGCUGUAAGUGAAGUUCUUAUUGCUAGUACAGCUAGUGCUACCGUUCCAAGUGCACCAACCCGACUUGAUGUUUUUGCCAAGGGUGGAAACCUCAGUGCAACCUGGUCACCUGCUGCAAAUUCAGGUGGUAUGCCACUGACUUUUUUCCGUCUGGUGGUGAAAGAUGAUACCGGUGUUGUGUUGGAUGAAGUUACAGCCACAACACAAGUAUCCUAUAUUACGUAUGGCAUAAGAGCAAACACAACGUACACUGUUCUGUUGACUUCUGGAAAUGAGAUUGGUGAAAGUUCUGCUACAACACAAACCAUCAUGAACGGAGCUGCCGUUCGGCCAGCCACUCCACAAGUACCGGAACAGCAUCUUGAGAUGACUGGAUUAGCACGUUGGAUGAUCGUACUGAAGUUGUAUUUCCCGAUUGAUAAUGGCGGAGCACCACUUAAGGGCCUAAACUUGUAUCAAAAUGGGUCGAGAAUUCGAACAGUAGAUGCUACUAGUCAAACUGAACCGGGAGACACAACGAUACGCUUCACUUUGGUUGAAAUAGGACCUUUACAUGCUGGUUUUACGUAUCAUUUCUCGACUUCCGCUCUUUCUUCGGUGGAGACAAUUGGAGAAGGUGGUCGUAGUGAUACAGUUAAAAUAGUCAUGGAUCCAGCAAAUCUUCCUUCUGCACCAAAUAAUCUUCGGGUGGUGCUGCGAACGGCAUUUUCAGUAUUCUUUGAGUGGGACAAAUCAGAUGAUAAGGGAGGCGACGAUGUCGUCUAUGAGAUCGCUUUUAAUAAUUUAAACACGUCGGAACCCGGUCAAGUGGAGACGAACACUACAGCAGUCGAGGUCUCAAAACUAAUUCCAGGGAAUGACUAUUUGUUUCGAGUUCGGGCUCGAAACUCGGCGGGAACGAGUGAUUGGACAUCAGAUCUACCAGCUCAAACAGAUGUUACACAACGCGGUGUUAUCACGUACAAACUGGCAUCAUCGACUGUGUUUGAAAAUGUUACGAGUGUGACUGUACAAUUGCUUCGUGUAAACGGGUCUUCAAGUACAAUUACUUGCAAGUAUUCCAAUACUUCAGGCACUGCUAUCUAUGGUCGAGACUAUAGUUUACCACCAGAUUCUGAACACUCUUUCACGUUUGUUGGGGAGCUCAUAGAAAAGAGCUUUGACGUUCAAAUCAUCAAUAAUGAUAUCUAUGAGCCGAUCCCGCGGACAAUAGGUUUAACACUCACUGACACAACCCCGGAUCGCUCCGACCCAUUCCCGCCUACACCUAUAAUAGUCAUAAUUGUGGACGACGGGGAUGCCGGAAUGAUCAGCUUUGUAGUGACUGAGGUGACCGUCUUGGAGAAUGCUCGAAUUGUAAGUCUACCAUUGCAGCGAGAAUACGGAAAGAGUACAGCAGUGAGCGUCCAAAUACUUGUGUAUACUGGUCUGACCAGCACAACUCAACCUGACAUUGGGUUUCGAUUACCAUCCACAACUGUGGACUUCGUUGAUGGUCAGACGUCUUCAUCUGCGAGUAUUGUGAUCAAAGACAACGACGUAUAUGAUUUCCCGUACUUGUGCUUCUACCUUACGCUAGAAAUUGCAGCAGGCGCGGCCAGAAUAGGGACAAAUAACGUGAUUAAAGUGGUGGUACAGGAUGACGGUGAUCGUUCUAUGCCAGGAGCGAUGAAAGCUCCAACACUUGACAAAGCGACAGGAGGGAUGUUGAGAUUGAAGUGGGAACCUCCAGUGAAUGUUGGCGGACAAAACGUCUGGAUUACUGGAUACAACGUUUCUAUUCGUACUGUCAAAGGUACAACUUGGAUAAUUACGCCUACUAAUGCUACGGUAAUACCGUUCGGAGGGUUAAAUGUGCUUACGGAAUACAACUUCAGCAUUUCAGCUAUCAACAGCAUUGGACGUGGAGUCGACAGUUCAAGUGUCACCUUUUCUACGACAAAAUUAACAGCACCAGGACCACCUGAACAUAUUGCAUUACUGAAUCGCACGGGUGGCUUACUCACAGUCGCGGUUGCUCCUCCCAGUGACUCUGGGGGAGCGUCUAUAACAGGAUACGUGGUACAUCUGGCGGAACAAGGCAGUGAUUUCAAGAUGGCUUAUAAUGGCACUGGACAUCUAUCAUCGAUAAUACCAGUUAGCGUGACCAAGCCCAAUACUGCAUACAUCAUACGUGCUCAGGCCAUUAAUGUUGUCGGAGUUGGUGAAAUGUCUGAGCCCUUUUCGUUUGAAAGUGGACCACUAUCACGUCCUGGACCACCUCGACUCCCCGCUAUACAAUCAUCGCGGACAGGUGGAGCAAUAAAGUUGGACCUCUUGCCCCCGCUCGACACAGGUGGACAUGAAAAUAUUUCGUACAUGAUUUACUACCGCAAACAAGGUCUUCGGGAGAGAUUUCGUCAAGCUUACUACGUAGCGAAUGGCUUGAAGAUCACGAUUUUCCGUUUGGGGGCGGAUACUACCUACGAUAUGGUAGCGGUAUCACACCUUGAAGACUCUGCAAACGUAAUUACUUGGGGUAGAAUUUCUGUCUCCGAUUCUCGGAUCACUCUAUCGGACAAUGUGGCGACUGAGAUUGUAAAGAGCGGGUACUUCGACUUUGGCGGUUAUUUGUUCGAGGUUGACACAACACAAGUCCAAUCUAACAACACCAUCGCGUAUUCAGCGUCAUUAAGCACCGACUUUGGAGCUAUAGCCGCCUCAAGUCUGCAAAAUGGUGACGAAUACGACGUUUUUGUGCGUGGGCCCUACAGCGAUGUGGCGAACUAUACUACAGUGGCUCCUACCCGACCUGGAAUGCCACCAGAACCCGAUCUCGACUAUGCCACAGGUGGUGCACUUCAUAUACGCAUUUCCUGGCCAGAUGAUACUGGUGGAAUCCCUAUCACCGGUUACGAGUUUUACAUCAAUAACAAAACGGUGGAAGGAACGCUAUACCAUUACAUAUCGCAAGGUGACUUCGAACUUAAAGUUACUGUGGAGAUUGGUGGAUUGGUACCCGAAAACAAUUACAGCUUCUACUAUAUCCCACUGAACGACGCAUCAGCUUGUGCUGGGGAUGACGAAGAUAUUCCAAAGCAAGUCAUAUAUUCGACAGAUGUGGCCUCGAAGCCAAUGCCAAUUCAGCUGAUACGAUCAACAGGUGCCACCGGUGGCGGGAUUCACGUGGAAGUAAAACCUCCGAAUGACAGGGGAAGUGAUCAGAAUCUGACUUACCAGAUAUACAUGAGUCUAAGUAGGUCGAUCCCAAUUUGGACGCGGAUAUACAACGACAAGGACAUCAGCUAUUGGCAAACAAAGCUGCAGAAAGUAACGGAAUAUUUGUUCAUGGCUUCUUGCAUGAACAAAGUUGGAUACUCUAGUAACUCGUCUAUUUAUCCACUACGAACAACCCUCAUCUCGGCGCCAGGUCCUCCGGGCGACUUGACACUGAUAAACGCGUCGGGUGGUAUGAUAAAAUUUUCGUGGAAAAGCCCCGAUGAUGACGGUGGAAGCCCGAUCACUUACUACUCUAUUCACGCACAGGAUACGAGUGGGAAUCCUGAACUGGCAUUAGAGUCACUUCUACCUGAAAUAAGCUUCGGUGGACUACUAGCAAAUCGUGUGUACGAAUUCAAGGUGUUUGCUGGAAACAGUUUGGGAAUAGGAUCCGACGCUAGCGUCAAAAGAUUUUCAACUACUUUACCUACGCCACCCUCACUGCCAGGCGAUCCGGUUGUCCUUCAAUCGUCUGGGGGUUCUGCUACGUUGGCAAUACAAGUCCCAAAUGAUACUGGAGGUGUUAACAUUGACGACUUGGUGUGUACUGUGUACGAGAACGGGUUUAAAGUCCCAGUAGAUGCAGUACGUCGACUACAGAAUAUGCCGAUUACCGUCUCAAGAACUCGACGCUUGGCAACGAUGGAAGUGGCUGCAGAUGGUGGAGGUUUUAUCUAUUUACAAGCUGGAGGACUUCUCCCGUCUACCGCUUAUUCAUUCACAAUCCAAAUAUCAAAUGAUGUCGGAGUUAGUGACACCACUAACGGUAUUGCCACAGCGACGUCGGUGGCUACUGUUCCAGGUGCUCCUGAUCCACCAACUAUUACCUUAGCUACUGGUGGUGCACUUACUCUAUCUUGGACAGAUCCAGUUGACACGGGUGGAGUCCCCUUAACAUCCUACCAUCUUAGUAUGGCAAGACUGGGCGAGGAAGUUGGGAGCUGCGAGGGCAUGAUUCGUACUUGCACGGUUGGAGAUCUACUUUCAAUUACGGACUACACAGUGACAAUAUUCGCUUACAAUACUGUCGGUGUGUCACCACCUAGCGAAGAGGUUACGUUCACUACUGAGCCGACUUCACUUCCACUAGCUCCUCAAGAUGUUCACGUCGCCGAGCUGUCGAAUACUUCCGUCACUAUUCACUGGGAUCCAUGCAUCGACUUUGGAGGAGGCUACGUUGACACCUAUCGAUUGAAUAUCGUACAGAUAUCAAACCCCAGCGUUACAUUUUCUGGUAUCACCCCAGUUGAUGAACAGAUCCUAACUAUCGAGAAUUUAACACCCCAGACUGAAUACACUGCCACGGUGAGAGCAGUCACUGGUGCUGGAGAAUCAGGAGAAGCGAGCAAGAUUAUCUUCUUCAGGACACCGCUCUAUGCCCAUCAGCCUUCACCGCCACAAGUUGGCUGCCAUUCACGCAAAGUGGCUAACGUUUUUUGGGAGGCUGAAGAUGAUGCGGUCAGCUAUCGUCUUUUCCGUGAUGGAGAAUUCUACGUUGACAAUGGAGAAGAUAUUACGUACGAGGAUGAAAUUGUGUUGGGCAAAACGUACAUUUAUCAAGUCCAAGUCAUCAGAUUUGACGGUUCUAUCAGCGCUCUAAGUGAAACCACAACAUUUACUGCCAUGACCCCAGUAUCAAGUGGCUUCGACUGCGUGGGUAACAAAGGUCACAUUCACUGGCACGACUAUAAAAACUUGGAUAGCGAGACAUGGACAAUCACGCCGCAGAAUCAAGCCGGUGUUUUGAUCAGUUUCUCUCUGUUUUGGCUUGAAUGUGACCACGACAGCUUAACUAUUAGUGUGACAAAAGGAGGCGUGACGAAGCAGCUGUGGAAGGGGGGAUGCCAUCGAAAAGGAGACUUUGUCGUAUCAACUGGACCUGGUCUGGAUAGUGUGGCACUGUCGUUCACAUCGGAUGAUAGCGUGGCUUACGAAGGGAUGGCUCUACAUUAUGAGACCGUCGAUGCAUCGGAUGCAGUAGAAUCUGUUUCAGCUCCGUGUCCACUGUCACCCACUGGAUUCUGUUCACUGAAUGGAGCUUGUCGAAAAGGUACCUGCUCGUGCUUCAGCGGUUUUAUUGGAGAAAGCUGCACCAAUGCAGUUAUUUGCCCUGAAGACCUAACAACGUGUACAUCAACGACGUGUGAUCCAGUUUGCCUCCAUUCGCAGAAUGAUGUGAUUGUAGUAAGUGAGAAUGGGGAUGAUACUCAAGGAACAGGCGAGCUAAUGGAUACUUCUACAAGUGGAACAGACCCAAAAGCUGUCAAAUCGCUCCGUCGGGCUCUAGAACUCGCGACGUCCGGACAAACUAUUUUACUUUAUCCUGGUAUCUACACUGGUGUUGACAAUUGUGGAGUUACUGUAUCAACCGCUAGUCUUCUCAUUCGAGGGCUGAGAGGCCCGAUUCCGACAAUUGUUGAUUGCAAGAACAUUCUCCGUGGAUUAAUUAUUAUAAGUGAUGCUGCGCCGAACAGACUGGAAGGAUUUAGAAUACAAAAUACUUUAGCAAGCACCGAUGGUGGCGCAAUUAAAGUCACAGAUACAGCAGUUGAGAUGAAGAAUAUGGUCAUCACGAAUGCGAACUCUCGCCAGAAUGGAGGGGCCAUUUACGCUUAUCAGUCUCAGCUGACGUUUACUAACGUGGAGAUCACAAAGUGUUCUGCUGCUAAAGGUGGUGCUAUUUUCUUGGAUAACUCGGACCUAAUUCUUGAUGACUCGAUCAUCACGCUUUCUUCAGCAAGUGAAGGUGGUGGUAUAUACGCGCAGAAUUCAGUUUCGGUUAGUGGUGACAAGGACAGUAACUUGUGGCAAAACCACGCUUCUAUUAACGGUGGUGGACUCUGCAUCUCUGGAUCCUUCACGGGUACAACGCUGAACGUUCUCGAGAAUACAGCAUUGGUCGGAGCUGGAUUAACAGCUACAAGUGGAAGCUCAACACUUUCGGGCAUGAAAGUCAUUGGCAAUCGUGCUACCAACCAUGGCGGGGGAAUUGCGAUGCUAAACUCGGCAAAUCUGGUGCUUCAGAACUCGACGAUACAAACGAACCAUGCCGAUCGCAAUGGCGGGGGAGUGUAUAUCCUUUCCAACGGCUCAUUUGAGAAUACGUUGGCAUCGGAGAUUUCCAACUGUACAGCAGCUCAAUUGAGUUCUUCGAUGUUCAAAAUUGCUCAGCAUCUAUUGGAGGUGGAGUGGUUGCACAAGAAGCUUCGUCAGCGACGAUGA